UUCCCAGUUAGUCGUUGCGCUCCGGAAACAAAUUGGUGAAGCUCCUGCCUCAUCAUGGCGCGGCACCUUCGUUUCAUAGCUCGGACGGUGAUGGUCCAAGAUGGCAAUGUCGAUACCGCGUACAAGACCUUGAACAGAAUCCUAACCCAGGAUGGGAUCAUCGACGCAGUGAAGCGCAAACGCUACUUCGAGAAGCCCUGCCAAGAGCGACGGCGGAAAAGCUUUGAGAACUGCAGGCGCAUUUACCACAUGGAAAUGGCACGAAAGAUUGCUUUUAUUUCCAGGACAAACAGAGAGGACCCCUGGCUCGGUUGCUAGGGAGAUUGAAUGUGUUGAAAAAGGACGACACAUUCAAACAUCCAGGGAUGACAAGAGAAUCGCUACACAAACACUAGCUAGGUGUUACAUCUGAUAGGAAUGGUUGAAAGCAAAUUGAAGAAAAUUUUUAGAUGUUCAUUCAUUUGGAAAAAAAGACUGAUGUUUUUCUGCAACUUUCUUGUUUCAUCUAAGCUGUGAAAUAUGAGCAUUUAUCCACACUCAGUAAUCUCUGGUGUUACCAAGUUGUGGUUGUUUUCUCCCCUGCAGCCACAGGAAGACCAUCUAGAUGUGAUACUUUCUUGUCUCCUUUUAUUUUGUUCAUGUCAUCUAAAGUUGUAUUAAUAAAAUAACUAUCUGAGAUCA